CUACUUUCGAUUGCUCACGUCUUAGUCAUGAAGAUAACUCUUUCUACUAAUCACGUUGAAAUUCCCGAAGGAGUGACCGUGCUCGUCAAGAAUCGACGAGUGAUCGUGAAGGGACCUCGUGGUACGCUGCACCGUGACUUCUCUCACCAGUUUGUGGACAUCCGCAAGGAAGGAAACAGAGUGUACGUGGAUCUCUGGUUCGGACUUCACAAGAACAUCUCUGUUGUGAGAACCAUCUGCUCUCACAUUCGCAACAUGUUCACCGGUGUGACUCACGGAUACCGCUACAAGAUGCGCUUCGUGUACGCUCACUUCCCCAUCAACGUUGCUAUCAACAAGGACGGAACCAAGGUGGAGAUCCGUAACUUCCUUGGCGAGAAGCGUGUGCGCCACAUCCACAUGCAGGAGGGCGUGACCGUGACCAAGUCCGAGGCGCAGAAGGAUGAGAUCAUUCUCGAGGGAAAUGAUAUUGAGGCAGUUUCUAUUUCUGCUUCUCAGAUCCAUCUGUGCGUGCUGGUUCGUAACAAGGAUAUCCGUAAGUUCCUUGAUGGUAUCUACGUCUCUGAGAAGGAGUUGUGCGUCGCCGAGGAGCAGGAAGAUGAGGAAUAAGCCGGUCCGUUUUCGAGCAGUAGAAAGUCCUUA